AUGGACACAAAGCUGUGCUGUGUCCUCAGUCACACCACGUCCGGACGGCUUCACCCUCGGCUUUGUUUCCCAAGUACACAAAAUUACAUUUCCCUUUCUCUUUCAGAACACAACUGCUCCUACUUCAAGCACUUCACUCCAGGACAGAGCUCAGAGAUAUUUGAAGUAACCACCCAGAAAGAGUACAGCAUUUCAGCUGCAGCCAUUGCCAUCUUCAGCGUUGGCUUUGCCAUCAUCGGCACAAUCUGCGUCCUUUUAUCCUUCAGGAAGAAGAGGGACUAUCUGCUGAAGCCAGCAUCCAUGUUCUACACCUUUGCAGGUCUCUGCAUCAUCAUCUCCGUUGAAGUCAUGAGACAGUCCGUGAAGAGGAUGAUCGACAGCGAGGAGACAGUCUGGAUUGAGUACAGUUACUCCUGGUCCUUCGCCUGUGCCUGUGCCUCCUUCGUCCUGCUUUUCAUCUGUGGCAUUGCCCUCCUCCUGAUUGCGCUGCCUCGGUUCCCCCAGAAUCCGUGGGAGACCUGCAUGGAUGCGGAACCGGAGCACUGAUGCUCCCAGCACCCAUGGGAAAAUCCAGAAAGUGGUGUGAAAAGAUUUGUAUUUUUUAACAUAUUCGGGCCUCACUCUCCGAUGUGGGCUCCAGUAACCAAGUCAUUACCGAACCAAGUCGUGUUCAAU